UGUUCGAUGAAAUGCUCCAUAGAGACAUUUCCCAUGUAAACUCCCUCAUCACCUCAUAUGUUCGCCGUGGAGACCUUGCCACUGCUUGGACCCUCUUCUGUGACGUGCGACGCACACGCUCUGACCUUGAUGCACACACCUUCACCCCUGUCCUUCGUGCGUGCUCUUUGUUACCACUCUCUAAGCGGGGCAAACAAGUUCACACACACAUGAUCAAGACCGGUGCAGAUAUCGGAACUGUCGCAAAAACUGCACUGAUGGACAUGUAUUCGAGAUAUGGGUACUUGGAACAAUCCAAAAGGAUCUUUGAAGAGAUGGUUCACAGGGAUGUUGUUGCUUGGAAUGCUUUGCUUUCGAGUUUCUUGAGGCAUGAUCUUCCCCUUGAAGCACUAAGUGUUCUAAGAGAAAUGGGAAAGGAGAAUGUUAUGCUCAGUGAGUUCACACUUUGUUCCGUGUUGAAAUGUUGUGCUUCUUUGAAGGCCUUGGAAUUGGGUAGACAGGUUCAUGGUUUGGUGGUGUCCAUGGGGCGUGAUUUGGUUGUGCUGAGCACUGCUCUUAUUGAUUUUUACUCCAGUGUUGGAUGUAUUGAUGAUGCUUUGAAAGUUUUCUAUAGUUUGAAGGGUUGGAAAGAUGACAUGAUGUAUAACUCUUUGGUUUCUGCAUGCAUCAGGAAUAAGAGGUAUGAUCAAGGGUUCAAAAUUCUGAGCUUGAUGAAGCCUAAUGUGGUUGGUCUUACCAGUUCUCUGGUUGGCUGCUCUGAGAAUCUGGAUCUGUGGGUAGGGAAACAGAUUCACUGUGUUGCAGUACGUCAAGGUUUCACUUAUGAGACUCAACUGUGCAAUGCCUUGUUGGACAUGUAUGCGAAAUGUGGGAAAAUUUCACAUGCUCGUUCAUUGUUCGAUGGAAUUUCUGAGAAGGAUGUGAUUUCCUGGACAUGUAUGGUUGAUGCAUAUGGUCGGAAUGGGUGUGGACAUGAAGGUGUUGAGCUGUUUGAGCAGAUGAUGGAGGAUGGGAAUAAGGUGAUUCCGAACUCUGUGACUUUUUUGUCUGUAUUGUCGGCUUGUGCUCACUCUGGAUUGGUGGAAGAAGGUAAAAAAUGCUUCAAUUUGUUGAGGGAGAAAUAUGGUCUUGAACCAGAUCCAGAGCAUUAUGCAUGCUUCAUAGAUAUCUUAGGCCGAGCCAGUAACAUGGAAGAAGUAUGGUCAGCAUAUCAAAAUAUGAUUGAGCAAGGUACUAAGCCUACUGUAGGAGUAUGGAUAGCAUUGCUGAAUGCUUGUAGUCUUAAUCAGGAUGUUGAAAGAGGUGAAUUUGCUGCAAAGCAUCUCUUGCAGAUGGAGCCUGAUAAAGCUAGCCAUAUUGUGCUUGUAUCAAAUUUUUAUGCAGCCAUUGAAAAGUGGGAUUGUGUAGAUGAGUUGAGAAGCAUGAUGAGGACAAAAGGGUUGGUCAAGGAAGCUGGCAAUAGCUGGAUUAAUGUUUCAGCCUUCAAUCAACAUGUCGGGUUGUGAUCUGCUUGAUGUUUGCUAGCAACUGCCAACACAAAAUUGAGCCCGAGUCUUACUAUUGAUGAAUUUAUGUGUUGCUAAGUUAUGGAUUGAAAGAAAGACGCAAGUUGCUAAUUCACCUCAGUGAGAUUGCGGAUACGGUGAUAGAGCGGAGUAUGGUUCCUCCUUGGUUCAUUUCUGUUUUAUUUUGUUGUAGUUACUCUCACAUGUCUUUAUAUAUUUAUCUUUAUGGCCUUAGAGGCUCACUUGAGAGAUAAGUUGUAUAAACU